UGCACUUUGGUUCAUCGUCGUGACAUGGGCGCGGAAGGGUCGUUCGAAGUGUUUACGCCUGGCGAGAUGGAGAAGGAGUACGAAGCGCGGGCGGGCAGUGGAGAUUUGUCAUUAUGGAAAGCUCUCGAGAAAGGGUACACCAAGGUAGUGGACCAACUCAUCCAGCCACCGCGAAAGCAGUACACACUUGGCAGUCUCGGGCCGUCGACGUUUUCGUUCGUAGUCGACUCAAUGCCACAGACGACAUUAACGCCCGUCUCACCUCGGCACCACGCCACUCGUGAGGACUUUGUUGUGGUCACACCGACCCACAGCUUGCACGGAUCCUUCUGGUCUGUUGCGUCUUCUCGCGGGUUCUCCCAUCCAUCGCGUCGUCCAUGUGUACUAUUCCUUCACUCCAACAUGGGCACUCGAGUGGACGCGCUAGCCAUUCGAGACCACGUCCUCGCCGCGGGCUUCUCGUUAGCUUCGUUCGAUUUCGGCGGCAGUGGACAUUCCACUGGCACAUACAUCACAGGCGGAGUCCGAGAAGCCGUCGACGUUGGCUACGUGCUGGAGUUCCUUAAGGCGAACUAUGACCUCCAUCGGUUCUUCCUCUGGGGCCAUAGCCUUGGCGCAGCUGCUGCCUUACUAUACAUGCAACAGCUCAACCUGUCCACAAGACCAGUGGCCCUGCCACCUGCUGCCACCAUCCCUACAGGAGCAGAACUAGUCACUACUCGUACUAGUCCAACUACUACUACUACACUGCCGAGCUGCUCGACGUCGACACACGUGGCCACGACGAGCCACGAGCCACAGCCGCUAGUAAUACUAGCCGCAGUGCUGGACUCUCCGUACACAACGUUCCAAGACAUGACUGAGAGCAUUGUCGAAACAGUGAAAUCCAACGGCCUUCCCGCGCCCGCGGCACUUUUGCGGCUUGGCAUGCGGAUGGUCACAAAGUCCAUUGAAAGUCGCGGUGGGUUUGUCGUGGCUCAGGUGCGUGCGUGGAUGAGCAUGCGCACUGGAUAUAACGACUGCUUCAGGUGAACCCCCUGGCCAGCAGCGCCGACUGCACCGCGCCAGCGCUGUUUUGCAACGGAAGUUUGGACCUGUAUGUCAAGACCGGCGUGGCCAACCAGUUCAUACACAAGUAUGGCGGGCCAUGCACGCGGCUGGGCUUUCGAGGCGACCACUACGGUCCCCGACCCGUAGAACUGCACGAGUUUGCUGUAGCGUUUCUACGUGAAACAUUGGUGUAAUAACUACGAGAAACAUUAUUGCA